AAGAUGGUGAGAGGAAAGAUCGAGAUCAAGAAGAUCGAAAACGUGACAAGUAGACAAGUCACGUUCUCAAAGCGAAGAAGUGGUCUAUUUAAAAAGGCGCAUUAGCUUUCAGUUCUAUGCGAUGCUAAAAUUGCCGCCAUUGUCUUCUCUCAGAACGGAAGAUUAUAUGAAUUCUCUAGCUCCGAGAUGGAAAAAACGAUAGAAAGAUAUGGAGAGUUUAGUAAUGAGUACUUUGUGCCAGGGAGGCCCCAAGUACAACCAUACCUGGAGGAGCUGAAGAAGGAAAUGGAUAUAAUGGUUAAGAAAAUUGAUCUCCUUGAAGUUCAGCAACGGAAGUUAAUGGGGCAAGGUUUGGGUUUGUGUUCAGUGGCAGAACUUCAAGAGAUAGACAUUCAGAUUGAGAAAAGCCUUCGUAUUGUAAGAUCAAGAAAGGAGAUAGAAGUCUUGGAUGAGAGAAGAAGGCUACGUGAAAAGGAAAUCAAAGAGAGGUUGCUACGACCACUGCUGCCAGUAACAUUUCAUACUGAGAAAGGUGAACCCGAAGGUGGUUACAGAACCAAACAUUCAUCAGAGGUCGAAACCGAUGUAUUUAUUGGAUUGCCAGUGGCUCCACCAUAAUAUUACACACUUUCCUUAAGUUUGCUUAUAGUUUUAUAACUUCGAUUUGUUGUUUGUAGAUUACCCUAUAAUUUAUGAGCGAUAUCACCAUCUCUUGUGUAUAAAACUUGAAAUAAUUUGACCUGUAUAACAUUUUAAGUUGUCACUUUAUUUUAUUUUUUGGAAUUAAAUUAAUGAUACAUUUUGUUUCUAUGCA